AUGGAGCACACAUUCUGGAGAACUUUGCGUCUGAAAGAAAUCACGGUGAAUGACAACAACGUCACUUUGUACAAUCAAGCUAAUAUAAAAUUGCUGCAAAGUAACCAAUCUAUAGUUCAUCAUGGCAUUGUUACAGAGGAACAUUUUACAACUACAGCGUCAACCGUUGUCAAUGUUCUGGUAACUCUCAUCAGUGCGUUCAUUAUCUAUUUCCUCACUAAGAAAUUAUCACAAGAAAAAAGGUCUUCCAAUCAGAAGGAAAAUCAGGAUGAAGAGACGGAUCCAACCUCCUGCGCAGUCAGUUACCCGGCCAAUGAGGAUGAUGUCUCCAUUCUGUCCAGGUUAACCUAUAACUGGGUACAACCCCUUCUGAUGAAGGACAGUAAAACGACCAGUCUGUCGUCUGAAGACAUGUUUAAAAUGCCAAACAGUCUUAACGUAAAGAAAGUACAGGAGGAGUUUUCCAAAAAACUGAAACCAGGAGUGAAUAUUGGUAUGAAAACAGACAAGAAGAACCCGACCUUACUUAGUGCAUUAUACAAAGCCUACGGACUAGAAUACUUUCUUCUUUGUGGUCUUCUAGAGUUGGUAGCGCACCUGAUUAAUUUCACAGGUCCUAUCUCACUUGGUUUAUUGUUGUCAUUUUUCGAAAAUGGUGACGAGCCAUCACACACCGGAUAUCGCUAUGCCUUCCUGUUGUUCUUGUCGAGUUUUGGAAAAGCUCUGCUAGACAGCAAAUUUCAUUUCACCCGUAUGCAUGUCUUUUUCAAAGUGAGAAUUUCGAUUAUGACAGCUAUUUAUAAGAAAGCCUUGCGUAUAAGCACCGUGUCUUUAUCGAAAUUCAGUACUGGUGAGAUUGUCAAUUUUCUCGGGACUGAUACUGAUAGAAUGAUGGGCUUCUGUCAUUGUUUCCAUGCUUUAUGGAGUCUACCUUUCGAAACCAUUAUAUGUAUGUAUAUUCUGUAUCAACUGGUUGGAAUUGCAAUGUUGGGAGGACUAGUUGUUGCCCUGAUUCUCGUUCCCAUAAACAAGAUCAUAUCAACGAAACAAAUUGCACUAGGCAAAGUGCUAAUGGAACAGAAAGACAAGAGAACGAAGUUGAUGAACGAGGUGCUUGGCGGAAUAAAGAUCAUCAAACUUUACACCUGGGAAGACCACUUUCAAAAGAUGAUUAAUGAACUUCGUGACGCUGAGUUGCAGAUCAUUAAACGAAGAAAAGUAAUUGGAGCCAUAACUGGAUACUUGUGGACUCUGACUCCGAUCUUUAUGACCGUACUGACAUUCAGCUCCUACUCAAUGAUGGGAAAUACCCUGUCCGCUUCAAAGAUGUUUGCAAGUCUGGCAUUGUUUCUAAAACUCCUUGGAUCACUUAAUCAUCUCCCUUGGGUAUUCAAUGGCAUAAUGGAAGCCGUCAUUUCACUUGGAAGGAUAGAGAAAUUCGUGGCAUUGGAAGAUAUUGACCUUGAUGCUUAUUACGAAACAAUGAAAGAAUCGAGGAAAUGCGACAGUGUGAUUUCGGUAAAUACUGGACGAUUUACUUGGGAAGGAGAGAAGGUGGAUAACACUGAUUCAAACGAAAACGAGAUAAAACUAAAAUGCGAGUCAGGGGAGACAACCAGUAAAUCAGGAACACUUUGUCUUCGGGAUAUUACCGUUGACAUUACUCAAGGUCAAUUCAUAGGAGUGAUUGGCAAGGUUGGCUCUGGUAAAAGUUCCUUCCUCAACGCUAUACUUGCCGAAAUGGCUCGGAAAGAAGGCGAAAUCUCUGUGUCUAAUCUGAAAAACGGGUUUGCUUUGGCGGAUCAGGAACCUUGGAUACAACAGGCAUCUGUCCGAGACAACAUUAUCUUUGGCAGUCCGUAUAACGCGGGAAAAUACGCCGAGGUUGUUGACGCCGCAUCUCUUAAAAAAGAUAUCGAGAUGUUACCAGCUGGAGAUAAGACGGAAGUUGGUGAGAAUGGCGUAACACUAAGCGGAGGUCAGAAAGCUCGACUUGCUCUAGCUAGGGCAUUAUAUCAGGAUAAAGAUGUGUACCUUCUCGAUGACCCUUUAGCAGCCGUCGACGCUCACGUGGCACAACAAAUGUAUGACAAAUGCAUCAUGGGAUUACUAAAGCACAAGACCAGAAUCCUUUGCACACAUCACACUCAAUUCCUUGGUGAAGCAGAUCUAGUCAUAGCCAUGGAUGACGGAAUAAUUUCAAAAAUGGGUCCUCCGAAUGAGAUACUCCCCGAUGUAAAAUUUGCUGGACGUAAAUCAUCUGAUAAGGAAAACGAGGAUGUGACAGACAACAACAGUAACGAAAAGGACGGUAAACUGGGAGAUGAGACAAAGGAAACUGGGGAAGUGAAGUUAGGAGUGUAUAAAGCGUAUUUGACAGCACUCGGUAAAUGGCUUGCCCUGGCAAUGAUCAUGACUGUCGUAUGCAUGCAAGUGUCGGAGUUGAUGAAGGACUGGUGGCUGACACAUUGGGUUUCUAGUUCUAAAUUAGACGAUACCAAUACUUCGGACUCCGGAUAUCUCUGUUUCCAUGACAACAUGUCCUCACCAAGAAGUUUUGAUCAACGUUUUGAUUCCGUGCCUCAAGAAACAUCCAGACAUUCCAGUCUUCUUUACUACAUGGUGGUUUACGCCUGUCUCUCCGCUGUUUAUGCUCUUUUCUCUUUGGCCAGAGAAAUUCUCUUUGCCUAUAGUGGAAUGAGUGUUGCUAAGACCAUACACAGUAACCUUCUCAACACUAUUCUGAAGGCGCCCAUGUCCUUCUAUGAUGUGACUCCUGUAGGCCGAAUUCUCAACAGAUUUUCGUCAGACAUGGGAACAAUAGACGACUCCAUAAGUCACAUGGUUAUGGUGGUUCUGAGUCAAGUUUUUGAAGUUGUUGGAACAAUAGCAAUGGUGUGUUACGGAAUGCCUUGGUUCAUAGUUUUGCUGUUGCCCCUGGGUGCCAUCUACUAUCGGCUGCAGGAGAGAUACCGUCACACAUCUCGCGAAGUCAGACGAAUUUCAAGCCUUAACCGCUCUCCCAUCUUCUCCCACUUCUCGGAGACGGUGUCGGGAUUGGUCACUAUUCGAGCAUUUCGGGAAUCCGAAAGAUUUACAGACCAACAUAUAAACCACAUAGACAACUGGUUAAAAACUCACUAUACAGCCCAUAACAUAGGGAUGUGGCUAUGGCUUCGAACGCAGUUGGUUGGAAUCGUCAUGGUGACCGGAAUUGCAACGAUGGCUGUUAUCCAACACAACUUUCAUGGUAUUGAUCCAGGAGUAGUUGGACUGGCCAUUUCCUACAUUUUGUCAUUAUCUGGCCUUUUAAAUGGAAUGGUCAACUGCGUGACAGAGACAGAGAAACAAAUGGUCAGUCUGGAGAGAGUUUAUCAAUACAUAGAAGACACACCCUGUGAGAAAUGGGACGGAACACAGCCUUCUCCUUCCUGGCCUGCUGCUGGAGUUCUCAGCUAUAGUGACGUCUUCAUGAAAUAUCGGGAAGGCUUACCUAAUGUCCUCAAAGGCCUCACGUUCACCACACGUCAUGCUGAGAAGAUUGGAAUUGUGGGACGGACAGGGUCCGGGAAGUCAAGUCUCUUCCAGACACUGUUCCGUACUGUAGAGAUAAACUCUGGUGAUAUUACCAUUGAUGGAGUGAAUAUACAGCAACUGGAGCUCAAAGACGUCAGGCGUCAUCUGGCUGUGAUUCCUCAAGACCCAUUCCUCUUUAGUGGUACCGUCAGGCAGAAUCUCGACCCCACGUCUUGUUACAGUGACGAGGAACUGUGGGGUGUCCUUGACAGAUGUCAUCUCCGCCUACCUGUAGACAGACUGGGAGGUCUCGAGGGAGAGGUGGGAGAGAAAGGACGACAUUUUUCUGUAGGACAGAAACAACUCAUGUGUCUGGCGAGGGCACUUCUAACUAAGGCCAAGGUGUUGUGUAUAGAUGAAGCUACGGCCAGUGUAGACCUGGAGACAGACAAAUUAAUACAAGAAACAAUCCGCCAGGAGUUUGUGGAGAGCACAGUGUUGACCAUUGCCCAUAGAAUCAACACCAUAAUGGACAGUGACAGGGUGUUGGUGAUGGACCAGGGUCAAGUGGCUGAACUGGACUCUCCAGAAAAUCUUCUCAAAAAUCCACAAUCUCAGUUCUACCAGUUAGUUCACGGAAAACCAUCCGAGGAAUAA